AUGGAGGUGAAGCAGGAGAUGAUGGAGGUGAAGGAGGUGAAGCAGGAGGUGAUGGAGGUGAAGCAGGAGGUGAUGGAGGUGAAGCAGGAGGUGAUGGAGGUGAAGCAGGAGGUGAAGCAGGAGGUGAAGCAGGAGGUGAUGGAGGUGAAGCAGGAGGUGAUGGAGGUGAAGCAGGAGGUGAAGCAGGAGGUGAUGGAGGUGAAGCAGGAGGUGAUGGAGGUGAAGCAGGAGGUGAAGCAGGAGGUGAUGGAGGUGAAGCAGGAGGUGAUGGAGGUGAAGCAGGAGGUGAAGCAGGAGGUGAAGGAGGUGAAGCAGGAGGUGAUGGAGGUGAAGCAGGAGGUGAUGGAGGUGAAGCAGGAGGUGAAGCAGGAGGUGAUGGAGGUGAAGCAGGAGGUGAAGCAGGAGGUGAAGGAGGUGAAGCAGGAGGUGAUGGAGGUGAAGCAGGAGGUGAUGGAGGUGAAGCAGGAGGUGAUGGAGGUGAAGCAGGAGGUGAUGAGGUGA